CAGAGUGAAUAUGAAGACGCGUCACACUCGAACGCUGUGGAAUCAUAUGACGCGCCACAAGAGGAGGAGGAAGAACACCAACACAAGUAAACAAACCUCAGAAUUUUCAGCCAUUCCCAGCCAUUCUCAGCCACUUCCAGGCCUCCUUUGUGGGUGACAUGAAAGCCGAGGUUGGCAAUGGACCAGUGGGGGAGGAGGAGGAGAACAUGGAGGAGGGAGGAGAGGCGGAAGAGGAAGAGGAAGAUAUUGGAGAUGUAGAAGAGUUCCUGAAGCUGGACGCUGAGCUGGAUGCCCUCAGCUCUGCCCUGGACACUCUGGAGCAGCGCAACGACUCCAUCAACUCCAGACUGCGCCUCAUUCUGGAGGAGAACCGCUGCACCAGGGAGGCGGCGGCGGCAGCAGCAGUGGCAGAGGCGGAGGAGAUGAAGGGGAAGAAAAUGCAGUAGUGUGUGUGUCUGUGUGUGUGUUAUUAUUUUUUUUCUCUCUGUCUGUCACUCUGUCUCUCUCUUCCUCUUUCUCUUCUCUUCUCUUCUGCACUACUACUACUACUACUACUACUGAAUUGUUUAUAGCAGCAGUAGUAGUAGUAGUAGCAGCAUUAAGAAGAAAAAUUACAUUCCAAAAGGUUUAAAUAUAUAUAGUUAUUUCUUUAUGUGUAUAUAUGUAUGUUGAUAUUAUUUUUGGGACCUUUAGUGGCCUAGGAAUAGAAAAGUAGUGUGUGUGUGUGUGUAUGUGUGUGUGUGUACAAAGUUAAGUUUAAGAAUGAAUUACUACAUUUUGUGCCAAGAGAAGGAAAAAAGGAAAGAAAAGAAGAGAGGGAGGCAUCACAAACAAGAAUUAAUUUACUCUACAAAGGAAGAGAAGAAAGAAAGUGACAAAAUAGGACACCACAAAAUUGAAACAAGAAAAGAGGAAAAGGAUGAAAAAGUUAGGAAAUAAAAUAGAAAAAGAAGAGAGGGAAGACACAAACAAGAAUUAAUAUACUUUGCAAAGGAACAGAAGAAAGAAAAUGACAGAAUGGCACCACAAAAUGAAAAACAAGAAGGAAAAGAAAGAAUAAAUGUUGAAUAAAAUAGAAAAAAGAAAAGGGAGAUGUCACAAACAAGAAUUAAUAAACUUUGCAAAGGAACAGAAGAAAAUGAGGAAAUGGCGCCACAAAACUGUAACAAGAAAAUGAAAAAGGAAAAGAAUAAAAUAAAUCAAAGAAA